AUGCCGAGAAAGGAUGAAUCAGAGCUGGGCAACCUUGGGGAUUUGCCUAUGCCACCAAAGCUUGAUGAGUCAGGGCGCUGCGAAUGUAAGAAAGCGGAUGACUAUUUGGCGGAGUUGCUGCUGUACUACCCAGACAUCGGUGACAUGACCUUCUUUGCUUCCAAAGUGCUGGCUGCCCUCUUGCUGAAGCAUCGUUGUGAGUCACCAGAUUCCAAGAUCUAUGAGAACUUAUCAACUCAAGCUGGCUCUGAAAUUGGUGUUUGCUCAAUCUGUACUGGAACAGGGGCGUUUGAGACCUGUGCCUCAGCUACGUUCGAGGCUAUCAUGUAUGUAUUCGGACUUGACAAUACUGGAGAAUGUACGGUCAAACCAUCUUUUGGAGCAGAGUGCGUGCCUUUCAAGGCGUCGUAUGGUCGGCAGGACAUGCCAGAUGACUAUUGCAUGUUCAAAGAUGCUCGUCUCCUCAGAAGUGACGCGCGCAGAGUCUGCACAGUUCAUGGCGGUCCUUGCAGAUUGCCUUCCGUCAUCGAUGGGUUUGGAGCAGGGUUCAGCUGCACAUCUUACAGCAGUUUAAAUAAGGACGCUGCCAAAAAUGCUUCAGCUAUGGAGAAGGCAUCAAGGAAUGAAGCUGAGGGCAGAGUGGCCAGUGUGACAACUUUCAUGGCUUGUUGCGAUGUGUUGGAGAUUUCAAAUCCAACAUGGGCCAUCUUCGAGAAUGUGCAAGCAAUAGACCGCGAGAGUGCAAAUGAUGAGCAGACCAACUUGGACCUUUGUCUCCAAGAGAUAGAUGCCAAAGGCUACGCCUGUCAGACCUAUCUUCUGGACGACGCAUGGUAUGGGCUGCCGCAGUCCCGUCGCAGAGUAUACUUGGUAUGUUUAAACCGGAAUGCAGCAGGUGUUGCUACCUCUGCAAGUACUUUCUUCCAGAGCGUCAAGUCUCUUCUUCAGAAGAUGUACAUAAAGCCCCCUCACCCGGACCGCUUCCUUCUGGCAGAUGAUGAUCCUGCUGUUACAUCAUACCUGCAGACCCUGCAAGAGGAGCGGGAGAAGCAGCGAGCCAAAGAAGCAGAGCGCCCAUCGGAGAAAAACCCAUCUUGGAUCAGCUUGCACAUGUCACUGGCAGAGUAA